AUGCCUUCGUCCUUCCAGGGGAAACAUGGAAAAAUUGUCUAUGUGGUUGAAGCAAAGAUAUGUCGGAGCUGGCAUUUGCCUUCUGCAGUACAAAAAGAGAUCAAGUUUGUUUCUAAGGCAUUUCUAAACACUCCUCAAAACAUAGAACCCAAAUUCAAACUUCAGCAGAAAAUAGUGUACAGAUGCGAUGGCAAGACUAAAACCUGUGAUGAGACUCUGUUCAAAGAGGUCGGGGACACUAUCCGUCCAAACUCAGAGCAAACUGCCUCCCGCCAGUUGAAGAUUCCUAGUGAUGCCAUCGCCACCCUCCGUAACUGUGAUAUCAUCUCAGUUGAAUAUCAGUUAAAGGUAUAUCUAGACAUUAGUUUUGCCUUUGACCCAGAGGUGGUGUUUCCACUGGUCAUCAUUCCUUACAGAUUUGCAGCCAUUCAGCCUGGGGAGCCUGUGGGCCCUUACCCACCCGGGAGAGCCUGGGCUCCAAGUUACAGCAACUACCCUUCCCUUGCCUUCCCCACUGGAUCAGGUAUGGAGGCCUAUCUCCCCCACCACUUCCCCUACCAGUGGCAGAUGCCCUCAGACAUCGGUGCAUUGGUAGGCCGUCUCGUUGUUAUCAGAGAUCAGGCCCACCACGAGCAGCAGAUGUCAUAUGUGUACAAAGAGUACAGCAGGGGGCUCAGAACACACCCCUGGGGGGCUCCAGUGCUGAGAGUGGUGGAGGCUGAGACAUGUCCGCCCAUCCUUACUGCCUGUGGUCUGCCAGUUAGGAAGUUGGAGAUCCACUGA